AUGAUGGCCGAAGGCGAACUAUGGUAUUCAUUAGUCACUGCUAUCGAUCCGGUUAACAUCAAAGCCAUGCCGGCUGUCCUACAAUCAACCAUCAACCUACUCGAAAAUGAGCUGGCCAAAGCUAGGGCCGCUCUCAAGGAAAUCCAGCCCAAUGCUGCUCCUAGGUUUACUGCUGGGGAUGAGCUCGCCGUUGGUGCCAUCGCCGCCUAUCGUCAAAAUCUCAUUGGGCGUGCCCCGGACUUCUACUAUGGAACUCGGCGGUUGACCCCCAAGGAACUGGGCCUUGUUCCAGUCAUUCGGGAGGUGCAGGUAGCCCCCGAGGAAGACGAUUCGCAGGAUGAGAAUCAGUGCUCUGUGACCGUGAUCCCGUCUAAGCCAACAUCUCUCACCGAUGUGCUGUCCAAUAGCUUGAUCCUCGAUCAUAUGGCUCCCUAUUUGUCGAUUUCGGGCCUGUUCUCAUUGGCAUCAACAUGCCGCACCCUCCGAUCCGUGGUCAUGGAGACACCUUACGUUUUUCGGCAUCUUGACCUAAGUCAAUGUCGUGGGGCGCAGCUGCAGAAGAGUUCGACAGCUGACUGCAGGACUCGGACCUUGGAUAAUGAACACAUGGACGAGUCUCUUACCGAGGACGAGUUCUACUCGGCCCCCUUAAAGAAGAUCUUCACAAAACUCGAGCAGAAGUCGCUCUUACAGGACGUGCGCACCUUGAUCUUGGAUGGGCUACCGGUCCCAGCGGACCUAAUAGCAGACAUUGUGCUCACAGACCGCUUCAAUGUGAACAUCCUGUCUAUCAGAGGGUGUCAGAAUUUGAAUGAACGUAAACUCAUGCAAGUCCUUCAGUAUGCAGUACGUCCGACUCGCCCUGCGGGCACCCCCCGGGUGAAAGGCAUCUAUUUUUUCACGCCACCAAAUCAGCCACAAGCUGCAGUACGAAGCAGGUACCGCAAUUGGUGGAGUUCGAGGUGUACCGGUCAAACGCCGGUGGAAGCGAGAUCGCCAUCGCGUCAACACGGUCAGGCACUUGAGCCUUACCGGCAGAAUGCCUGGUACUCUCCGUCCGGCAGGUUAUUGACUACUAGCAUCGAGGAAGGCUGGGCGCAGACAAUUCAGAGAUGCCACGGCAUCAUCGCUUUUGACGCCGUGCUGUGCCGUGGGCCAAGACACGACCCCAAUGCUAUGUUGAUGAGCCAGGAUGGGUCUCAGCAGGAAGGCCACUUGCUGGGUCCGGCGAUUGCUACUGUUGCCCUCGGGUCUCGCGGAUGUGAUGGUUGUCACAGCUCUCCCGAGGGCCCAGCGAUAUGGGGACAGUCCCCGGAGGAGACCUUUCCUCUGCUCACUCCGCCUCCGUUUCACUCAUCCUCCAUUGUGGCGGCGAAGCGCCCUGCACUUUUUCCAGGAGGAGAACAUCCUGCCCUGAUUGCCCGCUGCGCGGAUUGCCUUACCGAUCGCUGGUGCCACCGUUGUAACAAAUGGUUCUGCGCCAACUGCCUGCCGCAUCCACAACAUGUGAGCUCUAAUCUUUCGCCCCAUCAGACUGCAAUGAGAGCUCCGCUCAGCAGCAAUGACCCGUCUCAGAGACUGGAACGUGGAGUGAGCAAGGAUUGCUGGGAUGCGCCGCAUGCAGACUGGAUUGCCAACGAACGUGCCAACACUGCCAAGGACUAUACUGCGUUGAGCACAAUGAAGGCUGCUCUUCGACAAUGUGUGACUGGUGCAACACCAGUUCGCGCCAUCGGCUUAGGCAACUCUAUUAGCACGUUUUCGAGAGUGAUGACCGGUUAUGACUAUGAUAUGAAUGAUGCGGGCGAAUCCUUCUUGAAUUGA